AUGACGAGUGAAAAAGAGCUAGAAGCCUUGGAUGCAAGAAUAGGCUCAUUUUCCAAAUAUUUGAGCGAUUAUGAAGAAAAAUUCGAGAUCAUUACAGAUAAACUUCUCACAAAACAUAUGGGUGAGGGUUUAUUCGAAUAUUUAAUUUGUCUUACUUUGAAAGGGGAAUUUUAUCUUGAGAUUGUCAAAAUCUUGGAGAAAAUGGAAACUUUGAAAAAAAAAAGGAGAGCGAUCACGUCACAUCUAGGCAUUUUUCUCUGAGCUAGGGUUGAAAAAAGAAAAAUCUUCACAAAAAUGGUUCGGAACGAUUCGCAAAAUAUAGGUGACUUGACUAAAUUUGAUCAAAACCUGCUAAAUUCAAAAGCUCUGGAAAACAAAAAUAAAUCUCAGAAACUGGUGAAAAGUGUUUGACUGCCGAGAUCUACGGAAGUGCCGAAGCGCGGGAAGCUUUGAAGUCGGCGAUUGCGAGGCUCGACGAAGCCGCCGUCGCCCUGAGUGUCAUUGAAGAAGACGAUCGGAUCUCCAAACAGGUCGAGGUCUUCAGAGGCGACCUUUCACGUCUUCGGGAACUCCUUUGUGGCUUGGUGAGCUGCAGAUUGGCUGACGACAUUAAAUAAAAAGCCGGAAAUAGGAGUUUUUUUUUUUCCAGACUUUGGAUCCCUCUGGAAUUCUACUUACACACUGUUCGGUAUAAAAAACGAUUUGACCUAACUUGGAAGGGCAUGUACACAUGUGGAACGGCUCGACGCGUUGCUGUUCAAAUUAAAACAAGUAACAAAUUGGGGGUGAUUUAAAAAAACCUGUAAAAAAGCAAUGGAAAUUCGCUGAAAGUCCUUUGGUUGAAAAGUUUUUUUUACAAGAAAAAAUGAAGGGCGUCAACAUGAAAGCCUCGGAAGAACUUUUGCAAAUCAGGGCUCUAGCAAAAUAAAAAAAAACUUGCUUCGUCAAAAACCCUUCUGCGGUAACCGCUUGGCGGCUGCGACGCUUUGAGCCAUUCCAAGGGCGACCGCGGCCUUCGACCGAGCUGACUAAAGAACUUUCUUGGUGAUAUUUUCAUGGGAAAAAACUGUCCCUCGAUGUUUCCUUCUCACUGUAGCUUCACGAGAGUCCAACAUUCCACUGCAGUCAUCUCGAAUGACAGGCCGUUUUGCAGCGGUCGAAAAUGCAAGUCGAGUCGUCGGACGAGGCGACGUUCAGCACCUCGUCGUGCUCUUGA